CUCCUCCUCCCGGUCCUCCCCCUCUUCCAGCCUUGGCGUUCCCGCCCCCCUGCCUCGGUCCUCGAAGCGGCAGCCGGGCUCAGCCGCCGUUACCACCGCCACAGCCGCGCCUGACGGCGGAGGAAGAAGAACAGGAGGAGGAGGAAGAGGAGGAGGAGGAGGCGCAGAGGCCGGCCCUGCUCCCGGUUGCCUCCCUCCUUGCGCGGAUCCGGCCCUCUCGCUCGCCGCAGCGCCUAGGCCUCUUCCACCACCGGAGCCGUCCCGGGCACCACCGGGAGAAGCGGAGGCGGCCGCCCGUCGCUCGCCGCGCCCGCCCUCCGUCUGUCCGUCGGGCCUGGAACCCGCGAUGUUUUAAAGCCACCCCUCGUUUCUUCCCCCGGCCUGGCCUGGGGGGGGGUCGGGGGGGUCGGCCACCCCCGUCGGGCGGACAGAAACCCACCGGGGAGGAAGAGGAGGCGAGACGGGGCGGCCCGGGCCGUGAAAUGACACCUCCUCGCCGCCGCCGGUAACCGGAGAACCCGAAGCGUCGGUCGCGGGGAACGGCGGAGAGGCGCGGAGCCUCCGGCGCGGCCAUGCUCUUCCACAGCUUAGCCGGUUCCGAAAUGCAGGGCGUCAUCGACGAGAUGGACCGGAGGAGCAAGGCAGACGCGCCCGCCAUCACUUCGGUCAUCGACCGCGGCGAAACCGAAACGCACGCUAUGCCGUCGGUCAGCAGCGAGCGAGCCGCCCUGUGCGCCGGCUGCGGGGGGAAGAUCUCGGACCGCUACUACCUCCUGGCGGUGGACAAGCAGUGGCACAUGCGUUGUCUGAAGUGUUGCGAGUGUAAGCUGAACCUGGAAUCCGAGCUCACCUGUUUCAGCAAAGACGGGAGCAUUUACUGCAAGGAAGACUAUUACAGGAGAUUCUCCGUCCAGCGCUGUGCCCGCUGCCACUUGGGCAUCUCCGCCUCGGAGAUGGUGAUGCGCGCCCGAGACUCGGUUUACCACCUGAACUGCUUCACCUGCUCCACCUGCGCCAAGAUGCUGACCACCGGCGACCACUUCGGCAUGAAGGACGGGCUGGUUUACUGCCGCCUGCACUUCGAGGCGCUGCUGCGAGACGAGUACCAGCUCCAUUUCAACCACGCCGAGGGGGUGGCCGGCAAGGGCCCCGCGCUCGGGGCCGCCGCCCCGCUUGGCCUGCCCUACUACAACGGCGUGGGCACCGUGCAGAAGGGGAGGCCCAGGAAACGGAAGAGUCCGGGUCCCGGCGCCGAACUGGCUGCCUACAACGCAGCCCUGAGUUGCAAUGAGAACGACGGCAGCCCCCUGGAUCGAGACCAGCAUUACCCCAGCAAUCAAAAGACCAAACGCAUGCGGACUUCCUUCAAACACCACCAGCUGCGGACAAUGAAAUCCUAUUUUGCAAUUAACCACAAUCCGGAUGCCAAGGACUUGAAGCAGCUCGCGCAAAAAACGGGAUUAACCAAAAGAGUCCUCCAGGUCUGGUUCCAGAACGCCCGAGCCAAAUUCCGACGGAACCUCUUACGCCAGGAGAACACGGGAGUGGACAAGGCGUCCGAUCCGGCCCUCCAGGCGGGCACUCCGUCGGGACCAGCUUCGGAGAUCUCCAACACCUCCCUGAGCCCCUCCAGGACUCCCACCACCCUCACAGACCUGACGAACCCUAACAUGCCUUCCGUGACCUCGGUCUUGAAUUCCGUGUCCGGCAGUUUGGACGUCCACGAAUCCCGCAGCCCUUCACAGACGACGCUGACCAACCUUUUCUGAUGACCAACUCAAUUCCUCACCAAUGGUGGUUUCCAUUUGAAGGAAGGAAAUUAUUCUUAGUCAAAUUCCAAAUGGAUUUUUUUUUUAAAGAAAAACAAAGAAAGAAAUAAAACUUGGGACCGAUCAAAUCUG